AUGGAGAGUGAAGUAGCAGCGACUGUUCAAGCCACCACCACGCGGAGAGGAGAAGCUAGGACGCCGGUGACGGCCAUUGAGCCAAAUAAGAGAGGUCGGAAACCUAAGAUUAAGGACGAUUCUCAGUCACCAUUCUCGCAGCAGCAGAAGAGCACUGAGAAGAAGAAGAAUAAUCAAAAGGCCAUCGCUGAGGAGAAGUACUCUCAGUGGAAGACUCUUGUUCCAGUUCUAUACGAUUCUCUUGCUAACUACAACCUCGUCUGGCCUUCUCUCUCUUGCAGAUGGGGAUCACAGUUUGAGAAUCAGCAGCGUCUCUAUCUCUCGGAACAAACUAAUGGUUCUGAGCCUAAUACUUUGGUCAUAGCCAAUUGCGAAGCUGUUAAGAGGCAGUUUAAUGAAAAAGCAUGCUCUCCAUUUGUGAAGAAGUACAAGACCAUUAUCCACCCUGGAGAGGUCAACAGAAUCAGGGAACUCCCACAAAAUAGUAAGAUUGUAGCUACUCACACCGACAGUCCUGCUGUUCUCAUUUGGGACACUGAGACUCAACCAGACCGGGAUGCUGUGCUUGGAGCUCCACUUUCUCGUCCAGAUUUGAUGCUAACUGGGCACCAGGAUAAUGCUGAAUUUGCUCUUGCAAUGUGCCCAACCGAGCCUUUGGUUCUCUCUGGAGGCAAGGACAAGUUAGUUGUUUUGUGGAGUAUCCAAGACCAUAUCACAACGGCUGGUUCGGGUUCCAUAUCCCCUGGAUCUUGCAUCAAACAGACUGUUGAAUGUAGUGAUAAUCUUGGUGGUCGUUCGGUUGACCCUCGAGGCGUAUAUCAUGGCCACGAAGAUACAGUUGAAGACGUGACAUUCUGUCCAUCUAGUGCCCAAGAAUUCUGCAGUGUUGGUGACGAUUCUUGCCUUAUACUAUGGGAUGCACGAACUGGCGCUGGUCCUGCUAUAAAGGUUGAGAAGGCACAUGAGGCUGAUCUUCACUGUGUGGAUUGGAAUCCUCAUGACAACAAUCUGAUUCUGACAGGGUCAGCAGAUAACACUGUCCGUGUGUUUGACCGCCGAAACCUUACCUCAAAUGGAGUUGGUUCACCUGUAUACAAAUUUGAAGGCCACAAAGCUGCUGUUCUCUGUGUUCAGUGGUCUCCUCAUAAAUCAUCUGUUUUUGGGAGCUCUGCUGAAGAUGGUCUCUUAAACUUAUGGGAUUAUGAUAGGGUUGGCAAGAAGUCCGCGCAUGCACCCAAAACCCCUGCUGGUCUUCUCUUCCAGCACGCUGGUCACAGGGACAAAGUGGUCGACUUUCACUGGAACUUGUUGGACCCUUGGACUAUUAUUAGUGUUUCUGAUGACUCUGAGAGUAACGGAGGAGGUGGUACAUUGCAGAUAUGGCGUAUGAUUGACUUAAUUUACAGACCUGAAGAUGAAGUCCUGACUGAGCUAGAGAACUUCAAGACACAUGUUUUCUCAUGUGCAUAA